AUGUCCUCCAACGUCAUCACGUUAGAUACAGACUCAGAUUCAGAUGACGAGAUUGAAAUUCUCGAGUUUAGAAAGAUAACUCAAGAUCUACUAGAUAACCCACAGAGCCAGGACACCAACAACGACAAGGAGCAUGCUGCAUCAACUACAACCACCGAGCAUAAGACGACCAAGAAACUAGCCGAUAUUCAAUGUCCCAUAUGCUUUGAUACGGUUGACGCUGCAACUGUUGUCGCAUUUAAGGAUACAAUUGUUUUGAAGUUGAAGAAAUCAGAUCACAAGUUUGUGGAGGUAAAGUAA